CGCUGCCGCACAGCGACAUCGGGCGCAGGACCACCGCCUUCCUCUACGAGAUGGUCAGAGAGGAGGAGGAGGGGGCGGAGGGCGUGUUGGAGGAGGGCGGAGAGCACGUGACUGCAGCACACUGUCGCCCAUGCAGCGAUGAAGAGGUCCUUAUGGCUGUGUGCACCAGUGACUUUGCUGGUCGUGGCAGCAUCCACACAGUGGACCAGCAACAGGAGGAAGAUGCCAGCGGUCCGUGGCUCCAGGUGUCCCUGACGCGACUCUACCGCCAGAAGACCCGCAUCUUCACCUCCUCAGGGGGCAACGCUCGCGCCCGCAGAUCCUGGACGGGUCGCGUCCGAGCCCCGCCACACUGCCCCGUCGCCCACGGCAACGCUGACACAGGGGGCGGAGACUACUUGCUGACGGGUGCGUUGCGAUUGGGCGAGGCGUGGCUGGGGUGUGCGCCACGCUAUCAGGAUUUCUUGAAGAUGUACCGGGAAGCACAGGCCAGCGGCACCAACCCCUGCAGCAUAGACACAGACUGAGAGGGGACUACGGGAGCCUGAGAGGGACAAACUGUGCACUACAGACACAGAGUGAGAGGGAGUACUACGUGGGGCUGGAAAGGGCCAAAACUGUAUGCCAUAAAGACAGCUUCGAAGGUGCCCGAUUACAGAUGGAUACAAUGUGGACAAGACUACAGUGGUCUUAGUGACCCAUAAACGUUCAGCAUGGACGCAGGCUGUGGAACCACAGAUUGUGUUGGACACAAAGAGAAGGAGUAGAUGGUCCAAACACAUUCUGACGGCCCAAACACAUUCAGAAUGAGGGGUCACUGUGGGGGCCAAGCAAGCCCAGAAAUGUGUUGCAUUGAGCUGAACCAAACUGAACUGCCACUGAACUGAACUGAAGCCAGUUUGGCCGUCGGUGCUCAGGUCCUGUGGUGCCCAGACGACCUCCAUCCCAUUACCAUGACCUUCACAACGCUGUUGUUGAGCUUCACACUAGGAAGGCUGAACAAUAAUUGAUGGCUGGUUUGUGUGUGUGUGGCAAUGUAUGUGUGUACUCAAAUACGUACAUGUGUGCGUGCUUGUGUUUUUGAGUGUGUGUGUGUGUGUGUGUGUGUGUGUGUGGUGUGUGUGUGUGUGUGUGUGUCUGAUAACCAGGCAGCAAAGGUGUUUCUGUAAAGGAAUCUUUCUCCCGCUCUUAUGAAGAGCUUCAUGUACAGUAAUCUGGUCAUUUCUCUUGACUGCAGUUUUGUGAAUGUCUGUGUGUGUGUGUGUGUGUGUGUGUGUGUGUGUGUCUUGCAGGCUUGUGCAAAAUUCCAGAAUUUAAUUGAAACUGGCUAUUUAAUUCCAAUUCAAUUCUUGAAUUUCACUUGCAUUUCAAUUGAGGUAGCAAACAGGAAGCAGAAUUGCAAUUUGAAUUGUGCACAACCCUGGUGUCUUGUGUCUAGUCUCUGUGUGUAGGGGAUUCAUUUGUUGUGUUUUAAAUGGAAAUAAAGAUCUCCUGACUUAA